CCAAAGAGAGAGAAGAAGAAGAAGAAGCACAAAGUCCAGAGAGAGAGAAGCUGCGAAAACCUUCAUUCUCAGAGUAGAUUCUCGAUGACGGGGCUUGUGAUGAUGACUAAAGGCGGAGGUUGUGGCGGCGGAGGAGGAGGAAAAGGAGGAAGGAGAAAAUCGAUGGCGGAGGAGGAAGAAGAGGAGGAGCAGAAUCAGCAACAACUGUCUCUUGUUGAGUUUCUCUUGACGGCUCUGCGUAAAUCUGUUGUAUCUUGCCGUGUAGACAACCGGCAAGACGACGGUGGAGUUGGCGGCGGAGGGAUUUCGUCGGCCGUUCAUCACAUGGAGAUCGGAUGGCCAACGAAUGUUCGACACAUCACUCAUGUUACCUUCGAUCGAUUCCAAGGCUUUCUUGGUCUCCCUCACGAGCUUCAAGUUGAGAUCCCAUGUCGAGUCCCCAGUGCAAGUGUGAGCGUGUUUGGUGUAUCCGCUGAGUCAAUGCAAUGUUCUUAUGACGAGAAAGGAAACAGUGUCCCAACUAUUCUAUUACUUAUGCAAGAAAGGCUUUAUUCUCAACAAGGUCUCAAGGCUGAAGGGAUUUUCAGGAUAAACCCUGAGAACAGCCAAGAGGAGCAUGUAAGAGAUCAACUUAACAGAGGUAUUGUUCCUGACAACAUUGAUGUUCAUUGCUUGGCUGGUCUUAUUAAAGCUUGGUUUAGAGAGUUACCUUGCGGAGUGCUCGAUGGUCUUUCUCCUGAGGAAGUUCUCAAUUGCAACACUGAGGACGAAUCUGUUGAGCUCAUAAAGCAGCUUAAGCCAACUGAGUCUGCUUUGCUCAGUUGGGCUGUUGAUCUCAUGGCUGAUGUUGUUGAAGAAGAAGAGUCCAACAAAAUGAAUGCUAGGAAUAUUGCUAUGGUUUUUGCUCCUAAUAUGACUCAGAUGACAGAUCCAUUAACGGCUCUUAUGCAUGCUGUCCAAGUUAUGAACUUGCUCAAGACUCUCAUCACUAAAACACUAGCUGAACGCGAAGAAAAUGCAACCGGAUCAGAAGGAUAUUCUCCAUCCCACUCAUCCAAUUCCCAAACUGACUCUGAUUCUGACAAUGCACAAGACAUGGAAGUCAGCUGUGAAUCACAAGGCACAGAUUCGGAAUGCGGAGAAAGUGAAGAAGAAGAAGGAGAAGAAGAACAGCAAGAAGAACAUCUCAACCGCCGCUCUACCCAUGAAGAUGAAAACGACACUGGAUCACUAAGCUCAAUAGAGAAAUGCUUCUUGAUUCAGCUCAACAACGAUGCUAGAGUUUCAAACUCCACUAUCACUGAACACUGGAGCCCUAAAGGCUCUCCACUAGUAUCAUUCGCAGAGAACACAAACAACACUUUCCGCUCAAGCACAAGCCACGAAGAUGAAGCAAAUGAUCGUCUUACUCAAGCCUGAUCUGCAUUUUCCACGUUUUCACUGGUGACAACCUCAGUUUCUAUGUAGCGUUCCUUUCCUUCCUGCUUAAUCUGCUGCAGAGAACAAAACAAGAAGGAAGAAAACUUGUUGUGUCUGUAAAUCAAUACAGAGAUUAUUGUCCAA